CAUAAGCACAUAGAUGCAGAAGAAUGAUGCUAUGCCAUGAUUGGCCGGCUGAACGAACCCCUUGUGUUUGGGCGCAGCAUCGGACGCUGGUCGAGGCCCUUGCAAGAAGUCUCUCCACUGCCGACCCUGCAAUGGAUCACAAGUGCAGAUGACCCGCGGAUGGUGAUUUACCGCCACAAAGAUCGAAGGAACCAUGCUGAGUUUGAACGGCAAGUGCGAGACAUCGCUGGCCGAUUGCUGCACAAAGAGGCUGCUGCGAUGCCUCGAUCGUGGCGACAACUGCCAUGCCCAGUAAAGGUUCACUAUAGCUGGGAUUGCCUGCAGCGCUUACUGGAUGCUCGGAGAGACGGGCGAGAGGUGAAGGUGGAGUCUGUCCUUCUUAGCAACGAUGUGGAUGAUGAGCAGAGGAAACUGGCAGGACAGUGCUGUGAACAGGUCUUGGUAGCUGAUAGGGAGCUCAUUGAGGCAGAGUUUGCCUUUGAAGGAACCACUCAGAGGCGCUCGGUGAAUUAUGUGGUCGCCUACCCUAAGCCGCAGCCGAUUGCUUUGGCGAGGUUCCUUGGUGGGUUACCUGUCCUCGUCCUUGAUGGCCUGGGCGCAGCGCAAAACAUUGGCCAGAUACUACGAACUGCCUUUCAUUUUGGUGUAACAUCAAUUCUGGCUUCGCGCUCUGUUUGGAACAGCCUUGGGGGCCGGGCAUGUCGUGUCUCGAUGGGAUGGCUCUACUUCAUGGACUUCUUCCUUGGGGAGCCGAUGGUUGAAGCUCUCAAGGAGUUGAGAGAACGCGGUUGUCACAUCUAUUGUGCAGAAGACCAUUUUGCUGAAGCUGUGAAACCUCAUGGGCCAAGUGGCAAAAGGAACUGGGCCUUGAUCGUGGGACAUGAGCAGCUGGGCGUCUCCAAAGAGUGUAUCGCCAUGAGCGAUACUUGCAUCUCUGUGCCAUCACGCCAAGGAGAAUCUUUGAAUGUGGCCCAUGCAGCUGCCAUUUGCCUCUAUGAGCUAUCACGGCACAUGGAAGAGCCAUGAGACAAAUCAAUCCGAGAGCUUGACUUAUAGGGGAGGGAGGAGAAGGCACACAUAAAUCAACCUUGGGUUUUGAGAGUGAAGCCUUUGAACAUGC